AGAAAACUAGUGCUGUUAAUAGAAGCGCGCAUUAUGAACAUUGAGUAAAAAAAUUUGUUCGCUUUUACAGAAAUGCCACUAUUCCCAGCUCCACUUCAGUUCAUGGAAACUGACAGGGCAGUGGUGAUAACAACUAAAAAGCAACAACGUUGGAUAUCCCGUUUCCAUCCAACUAAGCCAAUUCUAGCCUGCGGUUCUUGUCAAGUAGUUUUAUUUAAGACAACUAAUGCUUCCUCCCCUUUUUUACAUUGGAGGGAAAAACAAAUGAAAUUUGGCCCAAGUCUAAACAAGCGAAUUACUGCACUUGAAUGGAACUUAAGUGGGACCCAACUGGCUAUCGGAUGCGAAGACGGCGAUGUCAUUGUCUGGAAUUAUCCAAACGUCGAUAUCGUUUUCCAAAUAAAUCGCCAUUUAAAUGGGGUUCAUGAUAUUAAAUGGAAUCCAUUUGAACAUGAUGUUUUGGCUACUAUUCAAAGUGGUCAAACAAGAUUGCUGAUAUGGCAUUCUUACAUAAGGCUUCACUCAAAGUCAAAUCUUUACUGCACAAUUGAGGAAUCAAACAAAGAUUGCAACAGACAAAUCAAAUGGGUUUCUAGCGUUGAAUACAAGAGAAUAACCCUGGUGGAAUGGAUCGCAAAAAACGUCGUAGCUCUCGGUUUUUCCAAUGGCCUUAUCGAGAUUACUGAAAUUGAUGAAUGUGAAUCAGCAAGGAGUCGAGUCAUACAAAAAUUCAAACACAAUGAUGGCAUAACCUCCUUGAUUUGGAAUGAAAGAAUUCAAUAUUUGGCAUCCAGUUCAUAUGACAAAACGAUCAAGGUUUGGUCCAUAAACACGAACAAGCCCAUACACAACCAAAGCUUUGAUUCCUAUUGCUACACAUUGGCUUGGAGGCCGAACGGGAAAAUAGGAGACGGAAUUGAGGAUACUAGGAAAAUGCAAGACAAUUUCAAUUUCGCUUGUGGAUUAAAAGAUGGGUCCAUUGUGAUGUGGAAUCCGUUAGAUAAUUUCGCGGAAAAAAAGAAAUUAAAAAUUGAUGGACAUGUAACUGCACUCUCAUUUUCAGCCCAUGGACAGUUCCUGGCAUCAGCGGAACACAAUCAAUGUAUUAACAUUUGGUCGACCGAGGUAUUAUUUGGUAACCUAUUUUUUGAUUCGAGUUAUCGAUAUCGUGUUAUUGUAGCACUUAAUCAAAAUAAUAUUCCUCUAAUCAACUUUUACUGCAUCCUUAAACAAAAUCAGACCUGGACGCCGGUUUUCAUCGGCAAAUCCAAUUUAAACGCAGUCCUUCAAGGGUUUUCUUGGUUGUCACCGAGCUCCACAACCGAUACUGACUGUAAAUUAGUUGUCAACUCAACCACUAAAAAGAUUCAAGUAAUUGAAUAUAAGAAAGAUGGAUGGCCAAAGUUUUUGCAGCAGACACAGAUCAAUUUACCAAACAAAAAUCGGUUUUAAUAAAUUGCAAUGAAGACUAACGACUGCUCAUAAAACGUA